CAGCUUCACUCUGAACUCAGCCACCAUUAGCGGCGUGCAUGCACUCCCGCGAUCUCUCUCCCUGCUGGCACCAAUGGCGAGUGUUGCAAGAAAGAAACUGGAAGAACUGCAUGGCAUCGGGCCUUCGGCUCCUAAUCACAGAGACGCGUCGAUAUCGGGCCCAAAUAAAGUAUGGCAGAACAAACCAACGCCCAUUUCUGUUCCAACUCCUUCUCAUGGCUUGUGCAAUCCUUUUUCGGGCAGUCGGUUUCAGGAUAAUCUUCAUGACAGCCGCAAGCAACAGCUCCGAUCUGCCGCAAGGACAGAAAUAACGUCGAAUAGCAACAGCAGCCAUCGACCAUUGAAACGACGGAAGAUCAAUGACCCCAAGCCUCGUAAUUCAAGGUCAAAUAUGCCUCCCCUAGCUCGAGGGGACGACUCUGAUGUCAUCAUAUUGGAUCUCGAUGGUUUGGAAGACACCGGUCAACGAAUAGCUCAGCCUUCCAGCGACGAGAUUGAUUUUAUACCGCGGAUACCAGGCACCAAGCACAUUGAUCAACGAAUAGCUCAGUCUAGUGGCGAGUUGAAUUCUCUACCAAGGAUGCCGAAUGUAAAACAGCCAGAAAGGCAUGCCUUCGAUGAAGAUAGGCCCCUGCCAAAUUCCGGAAUAGAAUUCCUGAAGAACAAACAUGGCCGAUCUACGAGUCCUAUCGAAUCAUUUGAUUGUCCUAUGCCUGCGCCUAAAAAGCCAGGAAUGGUGAAAGAAAUGGUAAAUCAGAUUGAGAAGAGGACUGACCGUGUUCAGUCCUCGGUUGACGUCCCUCAUAUCGAUCUGCGGGCGAAGGAGAAGAUGAAAUCGAAGGAUAAUAAAGUUCAAGGACGACGAGUUCUACCUCAAAGGGCAUCGGACGCCCCGUUCAAUCCUAUCCGUUCGGACAAGAUUAACGUGGGGGAGUGGACGUUGCCUCUAAAGGACUACAUGCUUGGUGUGGAGCAUGUAGAAAAUAAUUGCUCUAUUCACUGCAGCAAGAAGAAGGGAACCUUCGAGCUGAGAAACGGGAGCCUGUCGUCACAGUCAAGAUCUUUUAAAAUUGACCGUGACGUUAAUCAAUUUCAGGGUAUGGAGAAGACGAAAGAGCAUCCCGUUUUUACCCUGCAAUCAACGCAUGAUGAAGGCGUGCGGGUCGAGAAAAAUGCAUUGUUUGUCCCCGGCGAUGAAGGCCAAAAGGGCCAAAUCUGCGUAAGGUUCGACAAGAGGCAUCCUAAGUGGUAUGGGUCCGUGUUUGAUGCCACGUUGGCGUGGUUUCGGGCGAACAUCAAAGACAGUGCUAUUGUUCGGCAGGAGAAUGUUUUGUGGGACGCCGCCUCCGUACCUGAGACGGAUCCAGUCGACGUCGACGCUGUGGCACGAGGUAGCUGGUCACCUCCAUCGAUAGAGUCAGUUUCUUCAGCAUCAACGUCACAUCAGUCAGAGCCAGGUCAAAAGAAUUCACGCCAACUUCACGCGAAUGGAAAGGCCAAGUCUAGCAGUGUAGUAGCCUAUGAGCCAACCCAAGAAUCGAUAUCUGCGCCACGCCGUUCGACUCGUCACUCCGACGCACCACCCAAACCUCCGGAAGAGGAGCCCGAUGAGCUGGUCCUGGUGUAUCCAUGGGGGACAACUGGGGGGGUUAAUCUUAGCAAAAGUGAUCUCAAUCGAUUGAGACCGGGCGAGUACCUCAACGAUAACCUGAUAGAGCUUGGACUGAAGAUGUGGCACUCGAGACUGGAGAGAGAAAAUCCAGGACUCGCCAAUGACAUCUAUGUAUUUAGUUCUUUCUUCUACAAGAAGUUAAGCGUGAAGAACAGUGAUGAGGGGUAUAACGCCGUGCGUCGCUGGACUUCCAAGACUGAUAUCUUCGCGAAGAAGUACAUCAUCGUGCCCAUUAACGAGAACUUUCAUUGGUACCUUGCGAUCAUUUACCAACCCGAACAUAUUCUUUUACCUCCUCUUGAAACAAAAUCCCCAGCAACGCGCGGUCGAACACGCCAAUCAAAUGUAACUUCAGCAUCUCCCUCAGCAGACCCACUACGAGAGUUCUCUCGUGGAGCCAUGGCCCUUGACGACAGUUCUGUCUCUGCCAACAUUCUAUCAAGCGAAGCGCAAGAGACACAGGAUGUGGAAGAACUCCUGCGUUUGUCUCAAUCAUGCAGAAUUGAGGAAGAACCCUUAGAAGGGUCGACCGCUGAAGUACAUGAUCUGGACAUGCAUAAAUCGCCAAAUGAUGACGCAAGAAUGGAUGUUGAUCCCGAAAUACCUGCAGACUUUCGGCGUGCAUCCCUUUCACCCACGGCUGACGACCGUCCACAGGGAUAUCUCAGUGAUAUGGUGUCCGAUGAUGAAGGUAUCCGAUCCGACGAAGCACAAGCGACCGCCUCUGGGAGUGAGUCUCAAACCUUGUCACCCCGGUUUGAAGGAGAGACGACAGGUGAUAUGAUCGAGAUUGACACUGCCCAUUCCUUAUUUGACGACGACGAGAAUUUUGAGUCUGCCUCUGCCCAUGCUGAAGAGUCUGUGUCCUGUCCUGGAGCGAUAUCACCAUCAUGGUUCUACGCGUCGACGGACAGAAAAGGCAAACGGAAGGCGGAACCACAGGCAGACCCAGUUAUCACUGCUGGGGAUCCACAGAGUCCCCAGAAAGGAAAACUGAAGGUCUAUUCUUCACGAAAGCGUAAGGCCGGGGACGAUGCUGACACACAGGUGGAAUUCCCUGAUGAUGAUGAAGUGGUGAUAUUCGACGGCCGCCCUUCGACUUAUAUCUUUACCAUGGAUUCUCUCGGUUCUCGACAUCCUAGAGUAAUCGGUGUAUUAGGGAAUUACCUUCGACUAGAAGCGAUAGACAAAAAGGGGAUCGAAAUCUCGAGCAAACCGAUUGGGAAGCAAGCGUUAGUACCCGUGCAACCCAAUUUUUGUGACUGUGGUAUCUAUCUUAUACACUUUGCGCAAACUUUCAUGUCCGAUCCUGCGCGAUACUGUAAUAUCAUCGCAGCUCCUAAGGGGAGCGGUAACAUGCAAAAGGAUCGCAAGGUGGUGUGGAAGGCUGAGGAUAUUGGUGGCAUGAGAGAAGGUCUUAGAGGCCAGCUGUUGGAGCUGUCAAAGGAAUGGCGUGUGUGGAAGGGUAAGGAGAAGGAGAAGGAGAAGGACGACGUAACGAUGAUCGAGUCAUCCGAUAGUGAAGUGGACAUCGUUGAAGUCGAGACGACGCCUACUCCCGUGGCGGAAGGACAGACUAAAGGCAAGACCCGCAGCGGCAGCAAAGGAGGCAAACGCAAGGCUAACUGGUAAUAUCCCAUCCUAAUCUCUAUUCGCAUCAUCCACACUGUAUUUUUGUUCUUUUCCGUCGCCUCGGAAUCAUCAUCAUACCAUUAUAUUGUGUCCAUUACUUCCAGGACCAACUUUUAUGAUACGUGUAUUAUUUUACCAUACACUGCUUUGGGUGCCGAUACGUUAUCACUUACUAUUUUGCAUUAGAUUCAAACGUGACAGAGUUUGUAAUGGUUUCUUAGAUCAGUGGUUAUGCAUCACUAUUCUCGUGUAUUCGGAUACGAUCUACAUCG